GGGUGGAGGUAGCACUUUUCGGCUCAUCUCGGCUGAACUCGGUGACUUCCGCCUCACACUCGCUGGGCCCCCCAGCGGACCAUCUGUCAAGCAGGGACAGUAUUUAAAAUCACGCGAGUUUAAACGCGCGGGAGCGAGCGUGCGAACUCGUCGAUCCUGUCGUUUCUCUUCCGCCACGUUUCGUUGCGCGAUGUCUUCCGGUCGGUGCGCGCUCGCGUUGCUCUUCUGCUUGUUGACACGCGGCUUCACCGGAAAUGUCACCAACGUCCUGGAACAAACGCACGCGGAGAACGCGUUGGCGAAGCUGGUUAAAAUGUUCUCCAAACCGGGCGCGUUUAAACGAAUGCACUCCACGCACACGCUGUGCACGAGCUGUGACACCCAACAUUCUUCACUCACCAUCAUUUCACGAGAUGAGAUCACAAAUGCAGAUAUCGACGCGAUUCUCGGCGAGAACUCCAUCGAGACAUCCUUCACGAGCUGCCCCAUGGGCGAAGAGGGCUUGGAGUGCCGAAGGGCCGAGGCUCGCCGAUCGGUCGACUGCCCGCGAGGUGACUGUUUCUGCUACAACUGCGCCGUUGUCGGGCCGGACUUGUGGGCUUCCUGCUGCCGCGAGAGCCUGAGAUGCUGCUCUCAUCUCGCGGCAGCCUGCCGGACGUGCGAUCAUCCGACGCUGUACCCUUUCUGCGCCAAGCACUUCAAGAAAUGCCUGACGGAACACAACGAGAAGAAGCAGAAUUAGCGGGUCAGAUCGAGACCUCGUCUGUGAUAAUAAUCGGUUUACCACGACGCUGGUGGUUCACCACGACGGAUGAUCUUGUUACGAAAGCACCGAGGCUUGUAUCUCUCUCGCGACGCGCGAUCCGCAGUGCGAGAUUCGAUGAGCUUGGGAGGACGACAGAGAGAGAGAGAGAGAGAGAGAUUCACCUUCAAUUACACGCGCACAAAGGGAUGUUGUAUUCGUCGUUUAAUUGCGUCAUUAUCAUCGAUACUUGAUAUAAUUUCUUCGGUAACAGUAAAUCAUCUCCAAUGGA